AUGGACGAAGAGGAGCAGUCGCGGGCAAGCUCGCCCACGUCCGACCGCGACAAUGAGCCGGAUGAGGUCAUGGAGGAUGCCGACGACGGCGACAGAGAAGAGGAAGGCGACUUUGAUGGCGAGAACAACAACGAGGAGGAGGGAAGCAGGAGGGGAGAGACGGAAAACGGCGGCGACGAGACCGCCACGGUGGUGGUGAUGGGCGACGACAGCCAAGCCGCGACCAACCCGUACUCGCUCUCGAAUUCUCAUGCCGACGUCGACGCCGAUACCGACGACAGAAUCCGACCCGAAGUCUACUCAGCGCGGCUGUACGACAUUGUACCCACCAUGGCAGCGCCCAUGUCGACAAGCAUCAACGCCAUGGCCAUCACGCCGGAUCUGCGGUACUGGAUCACGGGAGGGGCUGACGGGUACAUACGCAAGUACGACGGGCAGGGAACCAUCAACGGCAAGCUGGCCCUGACGGUCGCACAGAGACACCCUUUUGUCGACUCGGUCACAAAGGCUGGCAUUCUCAUGUCGUACUGGCCCAACGAAGAGCCCGCGGCGCCAGGCCGCAGCGAUCAGGAGCAUGUUCUCUCGUCUGUCUACUCGCUGGCCGUUCAUUCAGAGGCGCUCUGGCUACUGUCUGGGCUCGAGUCCGGCGCAAUUAACCUGCAGAGCGUACGCCACGACGAGGGGAAGAGGAUAUCAUGUUUGCAGAAGCACACUAAUGCCGUCAGCGUGUUGACACUGGCCCCUGACGAGAGAAGCGUUCUCAGCGGUGCAUGGGACAAGAACAUCUUUGACUGGGAUCUUGACACGGGGAAUGUGAAACGAAGUUUUGACGGCAGUGGCGGUCAGAUUUCGUCCAUUGAGCUGAGACCUGCAAGCGGUGCCCCAAUUCCUGCAGACGCCGACGAGCCUUUGCCGUCGAGCACCAUAGCCACCAAUAAUGGGGCGCCAAUGAGGAAAGCAAGCUUUAUCGGGGGAGACGAUGAUGGAAGCUCAAACGGAAUUGACAAGUCGAUCACUGUUGCAGCUAGAGGGGAAGAUGAAAUCGCUGUUGCAGCCUCUCCAGCUCAUGAGAGUCUUUUUGGAGGAAGUGAUGAUGCGGGUAGUUUGUUUGGCGAGACAGCAGGUGAGCAGCCUUUUGGGCAUGAUGACGACGAAUUUGGGGCUAGUAUGAGCAUGGGGCAAGAGAAUGAUGCGAGCAUGAAUCACCCAGACGACACAACCAUGGCGGGCUUAGACAGUACAGUAACUGGAGAGGAAGCCAAGCCAUCAGAGCCUGUGAAAUCGCCAGUGGGAGCGGAUGCCAUGGAUGUAGAUACCCCACCCCCUGCCCCAGCUUCAGGCCCUGGGGACACACAGGUUUCGGCCAUGUCAGGCAUCUCAGAGCAGACAGAGCUGGCGACAGAUACGGAUACCAUAAAAGCAGAGGAAUCUAGCCAAGCACCGCAGGAGCAAGAGCAGCCUCUGGAAAGCCAGUCCAUGGCUGAUAUAUCUGAGCAAGUGGACACGAAGAGACCGCAAUCUCCAAUGAUACUCAGCUCGCAGCCGCCUCCCACGCAGCACGAAGCUUCACAGAUAUCACGCACGACCUUUUUGUCGUCAGCCAUAGACGGCACAAUUCGCAUCUGGGAUCGAAGAGUACCCAACCCUGUAGCGAGAAUCAACAACCGUGCCGGUGUGCCGCCCUGGUGCAUGAGCGCUUGCUGGAGCCCAGACGGCAACAAGAUUUAUGCGGGCAGACGCAAUGGAACGGUGGAAGAGUUUGACAUAGGAAAGGCAAAAAGGGGAUGGCAGCCAGAGAGGGUGUUGAGGUUUCCAGCAGGAAGUGGUGCAGUGAGUGCAAUCAAGCCCAUGGUCAAUGGACGACAUCUAGUCUGUGCCUCGCAUGACAUCCUCAGGCUGUAUGACUUACGCGAAACCCGCGCCUUCAAGCACUCGACCGUGCCGUUUCUCAUCAUCCCGGGACCUCCCAGAGCCGGUGUCAUCUCGAGUCUGUAUAUUGACCCAUCGAGCAGAUUCAUGCUCAGUGCGGCGGGCACGAGAGGAUGGGAUGGAACGAAUACAGAAGUACUUAUUGGGUAUGAGAUUCAUGUCGAGUCUAAUGCUUGAGAAGGCGGCGCGAUGGGAUGACAGGAACGAAG